AUGAAGCUUGAGUUGCUCGCGUUUUAUGCUAACCAACAAUUGUAUUUUCCAGGGUGUGGAAGGAUGGCACAGCACUCUGAGAAUGCGGCAGAGAACAUGAUGAGCGGCAUCAUGGACGCCAUCGCCGACAAGCUCCCCAAGCAAAAGUCGGUCAGGUUCGAUGAUGAGGGCUCCAUCUCCGGCCAAGCCAAGAAGCUCUUCGGCGGCCACAAGUCUGUGCACCACGUCCUCGGCGGUGGAAAAUCCGCCGACGUGCUACUGUGGAGGAACAAGAAGAUCUCAUCCAGCGUUCUUGCUGUUGCAACAGCUGCCUGGGUCUUCUUCGAGUGGCUCGACUACCAUUUCUUGACCAUCGUAUCAUUUGUGCUUGUUCUUGGCAUGGUUGUCCAGUUCGGAUGGUCCAGCUUCGCAGGCAUGCUCAAUGGGUCUCCUUCUAACGUGCCCCGUGUGGAGUUACCCGAAGAGCUGUUUGCAAAUAUGGGCGCCGCUGUCGGCGCCCAGGUGAACAAAUUCUUGGGAAGCCUUCAGGAUGUGUCCUGUGGAAGAGACCUGAAGCAGUUCCUCAUGGUGAUCUCCGGAUUCAUUGUCGCCGCUUUCAUUGGGAGCUGGUUCAGUCUCAUCACCGUCAUCUACAUCGGGUUUGUGUGUGCACACACCUUACCAGUGUUCUAUGAGAGGUAUCAUGAUCAAGUCGAUGAGGUUCUGUACAACAUGCUUGGGUUGAUUGGGAGUCAGUACCAGAAGCUUGACAAGGGCGUCUUGAGCAAGAUGCCUAAAGGGAACCUCAAGUUCAGGAAGAGCCAGUAG